UAUGGCAGCUGCUUGUGGAAUCUUUAUGGAAGCCGGGUGUUCUAAUGAGGCAGCCCAUAGCAGCCUCCCUGGCCCCGCCCUGCCCAGACCUGUUCUCUGUUUCACCACUGCCAUUCCCCAAGGCCACCCAGCACCAGCCACAGCUUGCUUGCCUACCUGCCUGGGAGUUUCAACUGCCAGGACUCUCAGCAGAGAUCUGAGGCAGCAACGGGCCAUGGAUGCCACCACAGGGUCCGUAGUCUACCACAAGCUGCAACUCUGGGAGCCUGGCAUGGAGUCAGAAGAAGAAGAAGAAGAAAUAGGAGAAUCACCGAUUCUCUCCCUAAGGAGACUCCAAAAUACCCCCCGGAACAAGAUUGGUGGGCUGCCAGGAGCUUGGGCCCGCCUGUUGGCAGGCUUGCUGCUGCUGGCUGUUAGCAGCUCCCUGGCUCUGAGGCAGCUGCACAGUAGGGGCAGCCCAAAAGGAAACUUGGUUUCUGUGGCUCCUCCAGCCAGCAGACACUCCCAUCACCCUGGUGUGUACCACCACAGCGCCAUUAUCAGCCCUGCAGCUACAUGUUCACAAGUGGGUCAAGAGAUGCUUGUUGCUGGAGGCAAUGUCGUGGAUGCUGGAGUCGGAGCAGCUUUGUGUCUGGCCGUGGUACAUCCUCAUGCAACAGGGUUAGGUGCCACAUUCUGGGGUCUCUUCUACAAUAGCUCCUCAGGAAACUCAACUGCCCUAACAGCAGGUCCAGCCCAAAUCCUGGCCCCUGGCCUGGGGCUGCCCACAGCUCUGCCUGCCCUGCAUUUGCUUCACACACACUUCGGUCGCCUGCCCUGGUCAUACUUGCUGGCCAAGCCUGCCAUGCUGGCUCAAAAGGGCUUUGAGGUAGAUGUACCCCUGGCAAGUGCAUUAGCAGCCCAGGGCACAAAGGGGCUCUGUCCACUGUUCUGCCAUUCCAAUGGCACCCCACUGGGUCUUGGGGCACGAGCCACCAACCCCAACCUGGCAGCUGUGUUGCACAGAGCAGCACUGGCCUCCAGCCCAGAUCGUGCAGGGAAUGCCUUGCUGAAUCUGCUGGUCAGAGACCUGGGGCUCAAGGAGCCCUCUGCUCAGUCCACGCCCUCCUUAGAGCCCGCACUGCAGCUUCUCAUACCACAGGGCAUCCUCUUCACUACCCCUGAUCCCUCAGCAGGCCCAGAACUUCUGGAACUGCUGGAGUCUGCCCUUCACUCCAGGACAGUCAGCCCUACUUUCUGCCCAACACUCCUGCAAGCUGCCAAGACUCCAGUGAGCAGUGCCUUGGCCACGGUGGACAGCAGCGGCUCUAUGCUCCUUCUAACCUCUUCAAUCAACAGCUCCUUUGGCUCUGGACAGCUGUCCCCAAGCACUGGUGUUCUGCUCAGCAACCUGGUAGCCAGCUCUGCACGUAGUCCCUGGGCUUGCCCACUCAUUCUCCGUGGCAGCUUGGAUGACACAGAAGCCGAUAUGUUGGGGCUGGUGGCUUCAGGGACCCCCAGGGGGGCCAAAGCCAUGACUUGCACCUUGUUCAAUCAUCUGGCAGCACCCCAAACCCAACAGCAACCCCGACAUCAAGCCCAACAAGGACCCACAGAGAGCUCUGGCAUUUGUGGCCAAGAGACCCUACUCCAGGUGGUAGCUCAUGCAGAACAUGCCCAUGUCUCCAGCGUCCCUGGUGGCUGCGGUCUCUUUCAGGGGUAUUAACAGAGGGGCAGAGUCUGGAGAGGGCAGAAGCAUCUGGAACCUGAGGGCCAGACAGAGAAGGCCUAGCAGCAAUGAGUGCAUGAAGAGAAUGUGUCUGUGAUGUAUUUGCUGCUCCAUCAACCUACCCUCCAUCCUAUUCUGUUACCUGACUCUAGCUCUGGCAUUCAGGACUGUUCCAGUCAUGUUUCCUGGUACCCAAACUGAUGGAAUU